GCCUGGUUUUCGACGCAUUAGGGAGGACUCCACCACAGAUGUAGAAUCUGCACAUUCAGCUCCUUGUAGGGAAAAUAUUCAGACUUUCAGCAACAAAUUAGACCUCUUCUCGCAAAGAUGUUGUCAUGGGAUUUUCACAAGGAAAGUGGGAGCAGCUCAUCAGUCACUUCCACUUUUAAGUGUGAGGAGAAGGUGAAAACUGAAAAGAAAGGAGAAGUGGAGCGCAAAUAGUGGAUGGAACAAAAAGCAUAAAUGAAGGGAGGAGUGUCUGCUGUUUGAACAAGUUUUUGUUCCUCYCUCUGAGAGGAAACAACCUGAGGCUGAGAUGAUGUGGACGACAACUGUCCUCCUGCUGCUCACUUCGCUUCCGCUUUCCCCUGCAGAAGAGACUGCAGCGACAUCAAGAAUAGUCUCACUUCCGUCGUCCCAAAGAUCCCCAGUGGGAUUUAUAUAAUCCAUCCUGAGGACACCGACUCUUCCUUUGAGGUGUUCUGUGAGAUGGACUACAUGGAAGGUGGCUGGACGGUGAUGCAGAGGAGAACCGAUGGAUUAAAUGAUUUCAAACGACCCUGGGCUGAUUAUGUCGGAGGGUUUGGAAACCUUGCAGGAGAACACUGGUUGGGUCUGCAAAAGGUGUUCCACAUAGUAAACCAGAAAGAUGCUCGCUUCCAGCUUCACAUCGCUCUGGUUUCCCACGACGAUGUCACCUCUUAUGCGUCGUAUGAUGACUUCCGCCUCGAUGAUGAAACCCAGUUCUUCAGAAUACACCUGGGCAGAUAUGCAGGCAGUGCUGGUGAUGCUUUCCGUGGCUACGACCAGGAGCAGAACCAGGACACGGCUCCAUUCAGCGCCUCAGAUGUGGACAAUGACGGCUGCAAUCCUUUCUGCACCCUGGGGAACAGCACACUGGUGGAGAGCUGCAGCAUUCAGCACAACCACACGGGGUGGUGGUUCAACCAGUGCGGCCUGGCAAACCUCAACGCUUCUCCUGAAGAGGCAGAGCAGAACCAGGGCAGGAGGACACGCAUCCUGUGGGACACCUGGAGGCACAGAGGAGUCCCCCACACAAUCAAAUCUGUAACGAUGAAGAUCAGGAGGAUCGCAACCAAUAACUGAUACAGAAACAAAAUAUAGGAGAUCAAUGUUGGAGGGAAAGUCACACAACUUUAACAAAAGUUUUGAGGAAAUUUGACUCAAUUGGACAAAUCAGCCCACCUAAAAUGUUUAUCUAAAAACAAAUUUUAAACAGAGAAACAGCAUUUCCUGCUAACAUGCUGUGUGAAUUCUUACGGCUGAAAGAUAUUUACUGAAAGCUGCUGAAGAAGCUGAAAAUGUUUUAACAGAAAAACUGUUAAAGGGAGGUAAAUUUGAA